UUUAGGGCGAGGGAUCUUCGGCCGAGGGAGGAAAGGGGCCUCGCUGAGGGCAAAGCCGGGGGGGGGGCCGCGGGCGCGGCGGCGGCGAUAAGGGCCGCCAGCGGGUGCCCCCGCCCCGCCGGGAAGCAGGCGCUAGGGGCAGCGCGACGCCCUCGGCCCGGGGACCGCGGCCUCCCGCCCUCCCCUCGGGCCGCCCUCCCCUCUCCUGGCCGCGGGGAGGAUGCGGAGGCAGCGGGGCCACACAGCACCUAGGGGCGCGGAGGCGGCGGCGGGGACAUGAGUCCGGGGGGCGGCCGGGCGCUGGGGCCGCUCUUGCUGCUGCUGCUGGCGCUGCCGCAGUGCGUGGGGCGGUGGCGGGCAGUUGUGAACAGAUCCAUUCCAGAUGUCUGUGCAACUUGCCACAUUCAUGCUACAUGUCAUCAAAUUGAAGGAAAAAGUGUCUGCAUCUGUAAUUAUGGAUUUGUAGGCAAUGGAAGAACCCAUUGUCAAGAUAAAGAUGAAUGCCAGAUUGGAGCCAGCAAGAUCUGUGGAAAUCAUACAUUGUGUCAUAAUACACACGGAAGUUUUUACUGUGUUUGCCUUGAUGGAUACCGAGCCUCCAACAACAACAAGACAUUUAUUCCCAAUGAUGGCACUAACUGUACAGAUAUAGAUGAAUGUGAGGAGUCUGGGCUCUGUGGUCCCAAUGCAAGCUGCAUGAAUACUGAAGGAAGCUACAAGUGUUACUGCAAUGAUGGUUAUAAAUUAGAAAAUGGAGAGCAUUCUUUUCAUCCAGAUGAAAAUAUAGUUUCAUGCAAAGAAAUUGGAUGUGGUUCACCUCCUGAAAUGAAGCAUGGCUACAUUGUAGGGAACUACAGCUUGCUACCAGGAAGUGCAGUUCAUUAUGAAUGUAAAGAAGGGUUUUACAGCAACGAGGGGAAGUUCUCAUAUUGCACUGCAAACGAAACUUGGGAACCUUCCACUUUAAGCUGUAAAGGUGUGGAUUGUGGGGUUCCACCUUCUGUUUUAAAUGCACAUCCAGUAUUUGUAACUGGGACCACAUAUGGAAGUGAAGUUAUUUAUAGUUGUGUCGAUGGUUACUUUGUUGCAAGCGGCAAUCAGACUGCAGUCUGCAAUGCCAGAGGACAGUGGGAUGGCACUGAUUUGGUGUGCAAAGAAAUAGACUGUGGCAAACCUUUGCUGAUUCCACACACAGAAAUGACCUGGGACAACUCUACCACUCUGUGGAGCAGAGUGUACUAUCAGUGUAAAGACGGAUAUUAUUCUAAUGGAGACAGGAAUUUUUCAGAAUGCACAACAGAUCAGUCAUGGGAGAAUAUUACGUACAUAUGCAAAGAGGAGGAAUUACUAAGUAAUUUGUCCAUAUUCAAUGAAACCUGUGUGAAGUGGCGAAGGAAAACUGGAAGGCUGGGCUUGCAGGAAACAUACACAUUUCACUUAUUGGGCCAAAGAUGGGAUGAGAAGACGUUCUCAGAAGAUGUGAUAUUUAACAUCACUACAAGUGAAGAUAAUCCAAAGGUGUGUUUAGAUCUUAACCCUGGCAGUAACUAUGUGGUGAAUAUUACGGCCAUCUCUUCCAGAAACACCAUUGUCUCAGUUACAGUUGCAGUUCAAACAAAGGUAAAGGAAGCUUUCAAUAAUGUAUUAAUUUUUAAUGAUACCUGCUUGAAAUGGCAGAGAACUGUCAGGGGAACUGAUGUGGAAGACAGAUACUCAUUUCAUGUGCAAGGCCAGCGUUGGUAUCAGAAGGAGUUCUUUCAUGAAAUGACCUUUGACCUUACCACACACAAGCAGGCUCCAGAAGUUUGUUUUGAUUUGCAGCCAGGCACCAACUACUCUGUUAAUAUUUCCAUGGUAGCUUUGAAUUUUUCACUGCUCGUUUCCAUGACAACACAAAUCACAGAUCCCCCUUUCCCAGACAUAGAAUUUGUUGCAGUAAAAGGUUCUGCACCCUUGCUCAGACUACGGAAAGCAGAAGAUCAAAAUGGACCGAUCAGUCUUUAUCAAGUGAUUGUUCUUCCUCUGGGUUUGCAAAGCACUUUUAUUUGUGACUCCUUUGCUGCUGCAGCUUUCUUUAGUAACACCACUGAUGUUAAAGGAUAUGUGGCAGCUGAAUUUCAGGCGAAGGAUGUUGCUGAUAACAUGUCCAUUGCUCUUGGAGACAGACAUUACUACGGGAAGUUUUAUAAUGCUCCUUUAAAGCUGGGAGAAGAGUAUUGUGUUUUUUUGAGAAUAAUAAGUGAGUGGAAUAAGGUGAGGACACAGUCCUGUGCUGUCUGGGCACAAAUUAAAAAUUUAUCACCCACUCUGCAAUACAUGAGUGCUGUUGGAUUAGGGUCAGUUGCUGCUGUCUGCCUUAUACUGUUCCUGUCAUUCUCAGUGGCACGGGGCAGUAACUUUAUGACUGUCUUCCUUUCAAAGCGCUUAUCUCCACAGCACAGUGCGCUUCCCACCUGCUGCUUUUGCCUGUGAGGCUGUACAUUUAUCUGCUACAAUGGAUGUGGCACAAACAGGGAUUACAUCAUCAUUCCUAGAGACUGAAAAUGUCUCUCGCCUCUGAUGUGUUAUCCCCUGAAGUCAGCGUAGAGAGAAUGCACUCUUCUUACCAAAGCCAGCAUCUGUCGGGUAUGGACGUAUCUGCAUGGUACAUAUGUACUAUAGCAUGGGCAGCUGAAAUGUGUUUGUUACUGGAAGUGAGAUAUUUAUUGUGUCCCCUUGUGUCUGGAUGGUGUGGUUAUGCAGAGGGGAACCUUCUCUCACAAACAGGUUUGUGUCAGAGACAUUAGCAUCCACCCAGUGUGUUGGCCACAGGUUUUCAUCUAUUCCAGCCACAUGAAUGCCUGAUAAUGAGGGUCUGUAUUGUACUUCAUUACACGAAUAAUUCCUUGAUCAAGAUGAGACUGCCUGAGGAUCAACUGCUACUUUAGAUACCUUGGUAAACUGGUCCAUUGUAAGAGAAAAUCCAGAUCAACCCUUAUAUCAGAUAAAGUACCUAUUGUAUUUCCAAGUAUAAAGGUAGAAGACUUUCAUCAGUCACUUAAAUGUAAUGGUACUUCAAGAGCAAGUACAGAGUUAGCCAUGAAAUUGUCACACUUAAAUAUUGUCAGUAGCAGGUGUGUUCCAGAGAUACUGCAAUCAUUGCUCAUAACAAUUAGCAAUUAUUGCAAAUAAUAUAACAAUAUAUAAAAUUUGCCAAAAAGCUGAGCAACUUUAGUGGCAUGUGAAACUAAAUAAGGAGCUACCUGUGUUAAGUGCAGUUUUGUUAAUCUCUGUUCUGUAAUUAAGCUGAGUAAAGCCAUUAAAUUAUUGUCUGGUUAAUGAGCUGUAUGUAACAUCUGGUUAGAGUAACUUAAUGAAGUACAAUUAACCAAUUUCCUACGGUAUACUUUCAGUUAAUAUUUUUUCCUUCUGUAAGAAAAAAGCAAGUACAUUUGAUGACUUCCACUCCUGUUCAGAAGUUGCUUUGUGAUAUAUUAGCAAAAUCAUUCUGUUAUGGUGAAAUAAAAAAGCAAUAGUUCUGUUUUUUA